AUGCCUGUUCGCAGGGGCCACGUUGCGCCCCAAAAUACUUACCUGGACACCAUCAUCCGCAAGUUCGAGGGCCAGAGUCGUAAGUUCCUGAUCGCCAAUGCUCAGAUGGAGAACUGCGCCAUCAUUUACUGCAAUGACGGCUUCUGCGAACUCUUUGGCUACUCCCGAGUGGAGGUGAUGCAGAGGCCUUGCACCUGCGACUUCCUCACAGGCCCCAAUACCCCAAGCAGUGCUGUAUCCCGCCUGGCCCAAGCCCUCCUGGGAGCUGAGGAGUGUAAGGUGGAUAUCCUCUACUACCGCAAAGAUGCCUCCAGCUUCCGCUGCCUGGUGGAUGUGGUGCCUGUGAAGAAUGAGGAUGGGGCUGUUAUUAUGUUCAUUCUCAACUUUGAGGACCUGGCCCAGCUCCUGGCCAAAAGCAGCAGCCGUAGCCUAACCCAGCGCCUGCUGUCCCACAGCUUCCUGGGCUCCGAGGGCUCUCAUGGCAGGUCAGGUGGACAGGCGCCUGGCACCGGAAGGGGAAAAUACAAGACAGUCAGCCAGAUCCCACAGUUCACGCUCAACUUCGUAGAGUUCAACUUGGAGAAACAUCGCUCAGGUUCCACUACAGAGAUUGAGAUCAUCGCUCCCCACAAGGUGGUAGAACGGACACAGAACGUCACUGAAAAGGUCACCCAGGUCCUGUCUCUGGGUGCAGAUGUGCUGCCAGAGUAUAAACUACAGGCACCACGUAUCCACCGUGGGACCAUCUUGCACUAUAGCCCCUUCAAGGCCGUGUGGGACUGGCUCAUCCUUCUACUGGUCAUCUACACAGCUGUCUUCACCCCCUAUUCAGCUGCCUUCCUACUCAGUGAUCAGGAUGAGUCACAGCGCGGUGCAUGUGGCUACACCUGCAGUCCACUCACUGUGGUAGAUCUCAUCGUGGACAUCAUGUUUGUCGUAGACAUUGUCAUCAACUUCCGCACCACCUAUGUCAACACCAACGAUGAGGUGGUCAGCCACCCUCGCCGCAUCGCCGUCCACUACUUUAAGGGCUGGUUCCUUAUUGACAUGGUGGCUGCCAUCCCCUUUGACCUGCUUAUCUUCCGCACUGGCUCUGAUGAGACCACCACAUUGAUUGGGCUACUGAAGACAGCGAGGCUGCUGCGGCUGGUACGGGUGGCCCGGAAGCUGGACCGCUACUCUGAGUAUGGGGCAGCUGUGCUCUUCCUGCUUAUGUGCACCUUUGCACUCAUCGCUCACUGGCUGGCCUGCAUCUGGUAUGCCAUUGGCAAUGUGGAGAGGCCCUACCUGGAGCCUAAGAUUGGCUGGCUGGAUAGCCUGGGAGCGCAACUUGGCAAGCAUUAUAAUGGCAGUGACCCAGCCUCAGGCCCCUCGGUACAGGACAAGUAUGUCACCGCCCUCUACUUCACCUUCAGCAGUCUUACCAGUGUGGGCUUUGGCAAUGUGUCACCCAACACCAACUCUGAAAAGGUCUUCUCCAUCUGCGUCAUGCUCAUUGGCUCCCUCAUGUAUGCCAGCAUCUUCGGCAAUGUGUCCGCCAUCAUCCAGCGCCUGUACUCUGGCACCGCUCGCUACCACACGCAGAUGCUGCGCGUCAAGGAAUUCAUCCGCUUCCACCAGAUCCCUAACCCGCUUCGCCAGCGCCUCGAAGAAUAUUUCCAGCACGCCUGGUCUUACACCAAUGGCAUCGACAUGAAUGCGGUGCUGAAGGGCUUCCCAGAGUGUCUUCAGGCCGACAUCUGCCUGCACCUGCACCGUGCGCUGCUGCAGCACUGUCCAGCCUUCCGCGGCGCCAGCAAGGGCUGCUUGCGCGCACUUGCGGUCAAGUUCAAGACCGCGCAUGCACCGCCCGGGGACACUCUGGUGCACCUGGGCGAUGUGCUUUCCACCCUCUAUUUUAUCUCCCGUGGCUCCAUCGAGAUCCUGCGAGACGACGUGGUCGUGGCCAUUCUAGGUAAGAAUGACAUCUUUGGAGAACCCGUUAGCCUCCACGCCCGGCCAGGCAAGUCCAGUGCUGAUGUGAGAGCCCUGACCUACUGUGACCUACACAAGAUCCAGCGGGCAGACCUGCUGGAGGUACUGGACAUGUAUCCUGCCUUUGCAGACAGCUUCUGGAGUAAGCUAGAGGUCACCUUCAACCUGCGGGACGCAGAUGGGGGUCUCCAGUCAUCACCCCGACAGGUCCCAGGGAAUCAAGACCAUCAAGGCUUCUUCCUCAAUGAUACCCAAUCAGGUGCAGCUCCUUCCUUGAGUAUUUCAGAUGCAUCUGGCCUCUGGCCUGAAUUGCUGCAACAAAUACCCCCAAGCCCUCCAAACUUGCAGCGGGACCCAGACUGCUGGCCUCGGGAACUAGGCUCCAGGAUAGAGCAGCUCCAGGCCCAGAUGAACAGGCUGGAGUCCCGCAUGUCCUCAGAUCUCAGCCGCAUCCUGCAGCUGCUUCAGCAGCCCAUGUCAAAGGGCCAUACCAGCUAUGUCCUGAGAGCCCCUGCCUCCAGUGACAUGGUCUUGUUUCCUAAAGCUUCUGCAACUCAGAGUCCAGGGCCUGGGUGGCCUUCAGACCAUCUGCCUCUUGUACAGACCAGAAGCUAUGGUGAUUUGGACAAAUGGAGGCUGAAGCACAGAAAUUCCUCCCCUGGUACACCUCAUCUGGCUGUAGCAAAGGACAAAACUCUGACCUCAUCCUCAGAUCAGGAGCUGCCUGAGGAGAUUUUGUCACCCCUGGCCCCACCCCUGUGUUCCCCAGAAGUACAAGGAUUCAUCUAUGGUCCCCGCUUUCCUUCCCUCCCUGAACAUCUUGGCUCUGUUCCUAAACAGUUGGAGUUCCAGAGACAUGGCUCAGAUCCUGGCUUCACUAGGAGUUAG